AUGGAAAUGGCCUCCUCCAACCCACGCUCCGUUGAGGAAAUCUUCAAAGACUACAGCGGAAGAAGGAACGGCCUCAUCCGCGCGCUCACCAAUGGUCGCUCCCGUCCUUCCCCCCUCGCCUUUCUAAUUGGCAUUCCCACUCCCCGAAACCGCUCUUUCAUUCGUUGUAUUAACUGUUUUUAUGUGCCGUUGCCGGUAUGCCUGAUCUCUGAUGCCAGAGGUGGAUAAUUUCUACGCCCUCUGCGAUCCUGGUAAGACCACGCUGUGUCGUUUUUUCAUCGAGAGGGAUCCUUGUCUACCCCCCCUGCUUGGUGACGAUUCUUCUUCGUCUCUUUUCCUAUAUCCAUUUCCCAUGCUUUCAGAGAGGGAGAACCUCUGCCUGUACGGCCACCCUGACGAUUCAUGGGAAGUGACGCUGCCGGCGGAGGAGGUUCCACCUGAGCUGCCUGAGCCGGCUCUGGGGAUCAAUUUUGCGAGGGACGGGAUGAAUCGCAAGGACUGGCUCUCUCUUGUAGCCGUGCACAGUGAUUCUUGGCUGCUCUCAGUGGCUUUCUAUCUCGGGGCUCGCUUCAAUCGCAAUGAAAGGUUGCAUGCUUACAUUGUGUUUAAUUCGGAAAUAUUAUGCGCUAGUUUUCUAUCUAGAUUUUUCUCUACCCGAAGUCGAAAUUUCUUGUACUUUUAUGGAUUAGAUUUCCUAAAUGGCCUUACGAGUGUACCUGGAGAUUCUUUAAGGAUCUUUGUUGACGAUGUUGCACCAGUCUUUUGCCCAAAUAGAUGAAAGAAAAGGGUAAAAAUCCCUUUUUAAACUUCUGAAAACUACACCAGAAGAUGUAUAGCCAAUGUGCUGUUUAAUGUCGAAAAAUCAUUUAGCAUCUUUCCUUGAAUGUGUCUUUGUAACAGUUCCACCAAGGAUUGAUUGGACGUAGCUUUGUCAGGUGUACACGAUUCUUAUGUAGAAGCCACAUUCUAUCAGUUGUCAAUUCCUAGGUGAUGCUAUAAUUGGGAUUACUUUGGGCUAUAUGUUGACGGAGAAAUAAUAGGAGAUUCCAUUUUACUCGCAAGAAUUUAAAGGCUAUCAAUGUUAUGCCAUUGUAUCGAUUGGUGAUUAGCCAACUAAAGUAGAGGUUAGAAAAACUUAAGAAUAAUAUUUCCUUUUUAAUCUGGGAUGAAAGAUACAUGGAACAAGCCGUCCCUUCUGAAUUUUCUCUUAUGAUCCUAGUGGCUUUUUAGAAUGGUAUUGGGGCUCUUGCUCGGUAGUUUCCUGUUACACCUUUCCCCUGCUAGCAUGCUACAUUGUGGCUAUGAGUUUUUUUUCAUAUUUUUUGAUUUUGUGUGACUCGAAAUCGGCAGAUAAAUUUCCUAUGAACAUUAUCAGUUCUGCAAUGUAAAAGGCAGAACUUUCCUUUCCUUCUAAAAUUAUCAGCAGAAAAUUAGGGGUGAUCUCAAUAGAAUUCGGGGUGCAUCAAAGCCUGGUUAGUGAUGAUCUUUUGUACAAAUCAUUCGAUUGAUUUAUGGGAAAAGAGGGCAACUAGCUACAGAUAAAGGUUCUUGAUUAGCUGUUCUUAUUUGUUAUGUAAGGGUUGGAAUAUACAUAGAACUUCCAGAUAUCGGAAAUACUUAUUUUGCUGAUGAGUCCUGGAAUAGAAAUACAGAGAAGAGCUGAUCGGACCUCUGGAUUAUCCAGUCCCGAAAUCAUCAGGGAUUUCCUUACUGUAAAUACUCUUUGUUCUGAAGUUUCAAAGUUUUCUGUCAAUUUUCAUAUUGUGAUUAUCUAUGAGUUUAGUCUGAGGUUGCUUCCUUCCUUAGUUUAGGAAUCUGCGUAGCUGCACAGAAUAUGGCGUGUGGAUGUCUUGGAUGCGAUGUAAUACGAUUGUGCAUUAUCUGUGAUAAAAAAUAACUGAUAAUUGACGAGAAGGAGUUCUCCGUGCCCUUGCAUCAUUGCUCGUUUUUUUUUCAGUUGUUGGCUGUCUCUUUUUAUUUAACCUUGAAAGUUUUAGCUUCUUUGCGAAUACUAGGAUUCAAUAACUGUGGUAGAAGCAAAUUGACUGUCCGGUUAUGAUUCAUAUGGUGAUCUUUUCGGACUUGUACUGUUCAGCAUCUUUGCUCUGGAUUUCAGAAUGCGUAAAGAGAGUAGAGAACUCUCCUGUCCGAGCACGUUGUGACAUACUCCAUACAGUUAAUAGGUUAUGACUUUGUGGAUAACCAAGCAGUAACACGUAGCUUGUGUAACUUCAUUGGUAGAGACUACUUGAUGUAUUGAAGACGUAGGUAAGUGGGACAAGAUGACAUCCCAAAUUUGAGGUCGAAGAUUCUGCUUGAAAGUCUUAAGGUUCUGGUUUGCUCUUACUUGGGAGAGUCUACCUCGCAGUCUCUGUGGGCAACUUCUCGUCCUAAUGCUAUUGGCGUGGGAGGAUUCAAUAUAAUGUCUUGGUGAGAAAAAUGAUUCCAAGAACAAUACGUACAGACGUGAUUUUAAUUUGCACAUCAUGUAGCCGUUCAAUUGUUUCUUCGGAGGAUCUCGGCAAGGACCUACUACACCCCAUAAGGGAGAUAUGUCAGCAAAGGGGAAGAAAACAAUCUGAGUAUGAUCGGUUCUAUCCAUUUACCAACGCCAUUAGGAGCAUUGCUAUCAUGCAUAUGGGCCGUCUGGGUUUUGGAUUGUUGAAACCGAGAACCUCUUGCCGUUGUCACUUAACUUCUUUUCUCGGCCAUAUCUCUCCAAAUCCACUCAUCCUUUUUUCUUUUUUGCUUGUUAUCCACGGACAUGUUGCGCCAACAUGCCAGAGAUAUAAUGCCUACUAUAGAGGGUAUGCUGGAACUUUUGCCUUCAGAUUACCGGAGUUUGCUUGCUUGUGGGCCAUACUUUGGAUUUUCAGACGGAUUGUCAAUUUCCACUGGAACUAAAAUUUAUUUGAGCUCUUGGCGUUUAAUUUUCUGAUUUCACAACUUUACUUUUCAGUCGCCAGCAUGAUCCACGCGUGCCGAGGGAUCACUCACUUCUGAUGGGUACCACCUUUCAGAAAACACUGGCAACAGAACUCUGAACUUUUAUAGGUGUUAAUGGAUGCUAUUAUAGGUGUUAAUAUUUUCGGUGGCUUUUUUAUGAUUAAAAAUAGGUAAUCCAUAUCACCUAAUUAUUGUUCUAUAAAAUCAGCUAAAUACUCUGAUUGGUGCAGUAUUUGCAUGCAGCUCUAUGCUCACAAGAACCCCUCUUUUACAUGAGAUCAUGCACUUUAUUUGUUCUGAUGAAAAUGGGCUGAAGAGGAUCUCCCAUCUUAGAAUAAUGCUCAUUCUGUUUCUCUCUGGGCCUCAGGAAGCGCUUGUUCAGCAUGAUCAAUGACCUGCCGACCGUAUUCGAAGUGGUGACGGACAGGAAGCAGGCCAAGGAGAAAUCGGGCGUCGACGGUGGAAGCAGAUCGAAGCAUUCCACGAAGGUGAGAUCAUGCAAACAUUGAACUGAGUACUCAGCCUUCUUCUUCGUCUACUACCUUCUUCUUCCUCCGCAGAGGUCGAGCGACGGUCAGUUUAAGAGCUCGAAGGCCGCCGAGGAGGUCUACGGCGAGGAAGAGGACGAGCACAGCGAGACGCUCUGCGGGAUCUGCGGCUCGAACUACAACGCCGACGAGUUCUGGAUCGGGUGCGACAUCUGCGAGCGGUGGUUCCACGGGAAGUGCGUGAAGAUCACGCCGGCGAGGGCGGAGAGCAUCAAGCAGUAUAAGUGCCCCAGUUGCAGCGGCUCCAAGAGGAGCCGUCAGUAA